GCUUUUGGAAGUUCGGUGGAAAAAAUUGGGGCGUCGCCAUUUUCUUAACGACCUCAUUCGUAACCCCGGCUUCGCAUCGACGCAGGCGGUUGAUCUUUUUCUCGGAAGUCUCUGCUAAAAAAAUCGUCAACGCACUUCAAAAAGUUGACAAAAUGGGAAAGCUAGAGGAGGAAUAUCAGGGGAACGUGGAAUUGGUGGAUAAUGAAGACACCGGAGGCGAUGAGAAUCAGGAAAGAGGCAACUGGUCCAACAAGUUUGAGUUCCUCCUGUCCUGUACAGGAUACGCCGUGGGCCUGGGUAACGUCUGGCGGUUCCCCUACCUGUGUUUCCGCAAUGGUGGAGGUGCUUUUCUGAUCCCCUACGUCAUCAUGUUGGCCUUCGCUGGCCUGCCUCUGUUCUUCCUUGAAGUCAGCUUUGGCCAGUAUUGCAGCCAGGGACCUAUCACUUGUUGGAGAGCUGUGCCUAUGUUCAGAGGUGUUGGCUAUGGCAUGCUGGUAGUUUCCUCAUUUGUGGGCAUCUACUACAACGUGAUCAUCAUGUACACGCUGUACUACAUGUUUGCCUCCUUCACCGCCAAGCUGCCGUGGAUUGGGUGCGGCAGUGCCUGGAAUACCAUCAUGUGCUCGGACAUCGUCGGUGACUGCCUGAGAGCCGGCGGUGUGGUUAUCAAGAACAACACUUGCGUGUUGAUUCGUAACCAAACUGCCGAGGUCAUGGCAGAGUAUAACAUCACACAAGAUGCCGACGGUAGUUACAAUCUUUCUGGCUACACCGACCCUUUCAAGGACAGCCGCAGCCGCCCGAGUGAAGAAUAUUGGAAGUACAAUGUCCUUCAGGAGUCUGACAGCAUCGGCGAGACAGGAACCAUCAUCUGGCAGCUGCUGCUCUGUCUUCUCCUGGCCUGGAUCAUCAUCUACCUCUGCCUCAUCAAGGGAAUCAAGUCCUCGGGAAAGGUGGUGUAUUUCACUGCAACCUUCCCCUACGUUGUGCUGGUGAUUCUGUUGGUUCGUGGAGUCACUCUUCCCGGCUACUAUGACGGCGUCCUCUUUUUCAUCACCCCCAAGUGGGAACGCUUGGCUGAACCCCAGGUGUGGUUGGACGCUGCUACCCAGAUCUUUUUCUCCCUCAGCGCUGCGUGGGGAGGUCUCAUCACCUUGGCCUCCUACAAUAAGUUCCACAACAACUGCUACCUCGACUCUGUUUUGGUGGCCACCCUGAACUGUGCCACCAGCCUGUUUGCCGGCUUUGUCAUCUUCUCCAUCAUGGGAUUCAUGGCUCAUGAGCUGGGUACAACUGUUGAUCAAGUUGUCGAUCAAGGAUUUGGUCUGGCCUUCAUCGCCUAUCCUGAGGCAGUGGCUCGUCUGCCCAUCUCCACUCUCUGGGCCAUCUUGUUCUUCAUCAUGUUGCUGACUCUCGGUCUGGACAGUCAAUUCACCAUCAUGGAGACUGUGGUGACAGCUAUUGUAGAUGAGUUCCCCACUCUGCGCAAGAAGAAACCGCUGGUCAUGCUGGUAGCCUGUGCCAUCGGUUUCCUUCUCGGCUUCACCUGCAUCACCAGGGCCGGACCCUACUGGGUCUCUCUGAUGGACAGCUACGGUGCGGGCUUCGCCCUGCUCAUCUACGGGCUCUGCGAGUGCAUCGCCAUGAGUUGGUUCUACGGCGUCAAACGCUUCAAGAACGACAUCCGUACCAUGAUCGGCAGCGGGUGGGUGGACUUCCCACUCUUCCUCUGGUGGCCAAUCAACUGGUGCUGCAUCACCCCGGCGCUUCUCUCAUUUGUGCUGAUGUUCAACUGGAUGAACUGGUCGGAGCCGACCUACAACGGAGACUACCCAGCCUGGGCGCGUGCCAUCGGCUGGAUGAUGAUCCUCUCGUCCAUCAUCUGGAUUCCCGUCAUCGCCAUCUUUGAGUUCAUCCGCACUCCGGGCAGCUUGUCUGACCGUUGGGAGGCCAUGUCCAAUCCUCGUGAGAACUGGGGCCCGUCGCUGGGUAAGUUCCGCCUGGAGGCCUACGAAACUCACGCCAAGAACAGGUCUACCUUCGGUGGCCGACUGAACCCCACCGGUGACAUCUACGACACUAGCCGUACUGCCGAGAUGGGCAAGGCACCGGCCGUCCGCUACAGUACUGGAAUCAACAACCCCGGCUAUGAUGCUCCACUGUAGGUAUGGUCCAAUCAUCACCAAUCUAAUGAUCAGACUGAUACAUCUUGUGUCAACACAAUAAUAUGCGGAGUUUUUGUUUUGUUUUUGAAUAAUUUGUUAAUGAUUUUGAUUUUUCUAAAAAAUAAAGUAGGUGUUGGACAGAUAACGCUUGAAAAAAAAGAAGUUAUGGUCUUAGUUUGAUGUUUAUGUUAUGUUUACUUCAAGUAAUUGUUCUGAUACUCGGAUUAUAGUCUCGUUUGCAUACAUCGGUUCUGGUACUGUGUGUUUUUUUUUUUGCAAAAGGAUAUAGUAUACAACUAUUGACUGUUUCAUGUGGUGUAGUAAGCUAGCCUCCCGAGGUGAUCCAUGAAGCAUUCUUUUUGUCCCUAGGCGAAGCCGAGGGAAAAUAGAAUGCUCCAUGGAUCACCGAGGGAGGCUACUUUUAUUACACCACAAGACAAAGCAGUCAAUAUUUGUUUUGUAACACCUCUCCCACAGAUUCUGCUUGAUUUUAAGUGAUAACUGAUUAAUUUAAUCAUCUUCUUCUUCAUUCAUUCGUAAUCAUGAUGACUUGAUGAGUUGGGUCCAACUGUCCCUGUCAAGCAUAGUGUCUAAAGACAAUUAAAGUGUACUUCUAUUUGAAUGCGACAUAAGUUGAAUAUUUACUCUCACUUUUCCAAACUACCCCUUCAUGAAAUGUUCAAACGCAGCUCUGUAGUGCUAGCUCUUGGGAACAAUACGCGCACCGCGCACACCCGUAUGCAUUUCCACAAAAUAUCAAUUGUUGCGCGAAUACAUGGUACUUUGGUUGCUACAGGUAUUGUACUUUUGGCCGUGCACAGCAAGAUAGCAAAAAUAGCAAAUGCCACGUGACGCGCUCUCGGCCAAGCAAGAUACAGAAUCUGUGGAUAGUGUGUUAUAAUUUCACUUGGAAAUACAGGAAUCGUGUAAAUACAUUGUCACAACUGCUGACUCUAGCUAUCGCCAUUACCAAAUUAACAAGCAUGUGUUUUCAUGUGAUUUCAAAUGUGUACAAAUUAUUGUAGCUGAGAAUGGACAUAUUUUAAAUAGUUUUAUGUACAUGCACCUACGCGACAACAGAAAUGGACUAAACCUUAGAUAUGGACUGCUGAUGACAAUGUAUAAUCUUGUCAUUACAUAAUCGGGAUAUAAAGUAUCUUGCACACUGAGAAUACAUCUAUUUUGUUCUUAAAAUUGAAAUGUGUAUAUAUCAGAAGGGGUGAGUAAAUCUCUAUUUUUUCACAUCUGUUUUACCAGAGUUGUCUUCGAAAGCUUGACAAUUAUGAGCACACCUGUAGAUUUGUCUUAUACUAACCACAAAUGAUCCCCCUCGGAAAAGUAUUUGAAAUUAUGAAACUGUAAGUAAAUAUUAACUUUAACUGAAUCGUAGUAGUUUUAAUGAUAUGACAGUGUUAGAUAGUGUGUUUUGAUCAUCUUCAAUCUUAAAGCCAAAAAUCAUAUCUGGUUCUUAGUCCAAGAUCUAAAUAGCUGGAAAAUAUUAGGGGGUCACCGAAGUUUGCCACAAAACAAAACAGGCAAAUGCUUACAUCCUGAAAAGUCUUUUGAAAAAACACCGAGUGAUACUUUUCAAAUAUUGGCUGGCAUCGGAUUAUUUCAAAGCAACGAAAAAAGAAAUGCCAAGUUUCAGCAUCUGAAGCUAGACGACCAGAAGCAAGGAACAAUAUUUUUUGGCCUCGAUCAGCUGGAGAAAUUUGAAGUGUUCGAAACUCACGUGUACUUUAUUUUUUGUGAAUGUAAUGUGUGUUGUAAUAUAUAUAUUUUUCAAACUAUUUUUCUAUGCACAACAUUUGUUACAGAUAGGUCUUAAAUAUUUUUGGAGUUCUUAACAUUUAUCUGUAAAGUCUUGGAAAUAACUUGAAUAUAUCAGGAAUUUGUAGAAAACAUUUGUAGAUGACUUUAACUGAAGUGGAUGUUUAAUGUGUGUAUAUUUCGGUAUUUUUUUUUUAUCAACAUGUAUUAAACAAAUGAUAUUUGGUGUAUAAUACUGAGAUAAUUUGUAGGAUUGCUGACAACUUUGGGUACUUUUCAGAUAACAAUAUCCCAAUCAUACCAUAAAGUUGUAGGCAUUUAACUUUCAUUUGAGUCGGAAUUACUUUGAGGAUUAUGUUAUAUCGAGUGGAAGGAAUAAAUUCAUCAGUUUUUGUUUAUUUCA